GAGUAGGUUUACUUUAAAAGGUUCUUUCUAGUAUCUCCAGUGAGAGUCUAUAAAAUGGUUUGGGUACCUUUGUUAUUAAUCUUGGCGCCAUUGACCUACGGUUUAGUAUGUGAUAAACCAGUUGGCUUUGAAGACAGACGAAUUCCUGACCAAAGCCUCACAGCUUCGUCGAGGUAUAGUAGAUUCCAGGCUGCUAAGGAGGGUCGUCUGAACAAUGUUAACUCGGCUUCUGGUAUAGGUGCGUGGUGCGCAAAGAAAGAUGACGAUAAGAAAUACAUUCAGGUUGAUUUAGGUAGCGAACGUAAUCUUGGCUAUGUGCUUAUCCAGGGACGUAACACAACGUACAGCCAGUACGCCAGCGAGAUCAGGGUUUCUAUCAGUAAAGGAGGAGUGAUCUUUACUCCUAUAAAAGACCCCUUAAAAGUCUCAACUCCAAAGUUAUUCAAGGCGAAUACCGACAAUAAUGGGAUAGUCAAGAUUGAUAUAAAACCAGAUCCCUCAGUUGGAAUUACAGCACGAUAUGUUCGUGUCUACAUCACCAAGUAUUACUCUAAUCCAUGUCUGAGGCUUGAGCUUCUUGAAUGUCGAGCUCUCACUGCACCUCCUGCUACAACUCCUGCUCCAACAACGUCUGCUCCAACAACGUCUGCCGCAACGACAACAUCAGCACCUGGCUGUCAAAGUGGAUAUGAGCUGGACAAAGACAACAAGACCUGCGUAGACAUCAAUGAAUGCAACACUGGUACUGCAAAAUGUGACUCGUACAGUACGAGAUGCUCCAACAAUGACGGGUCAUACGAAUGCGUGUGCAAAACUGGCUUUAAGAAGACUGUAUCUAUUUAUAGAUGCGAAGAUAUCGACGAGUGCCACGAGACUCAGCACAACUGCAGUCAGAAUUGUAAUAACGUUGGAGGUAGCUACUCGUGUAGCUGUAAUAAUGGAUACAAACUACAAUCUGAUGGAAAAUCGUGCAAAGAUAUCGAUGAAUGUGCUAGAUCUCCAUCACCAUGUGAUUUAACAACAACGACUUGCUCCAAUAACGAGGGAAGCUUCGCCUGUAUUUGCAAAAGUGGAUAUCGAAGAAAGGAUCCAUCUUCAUGUGUUGACAAAAAUGAGUGCAAUAAUGGCGAAUCAAAGUGUGUUCUUCAAUCCACAUGGUGUAAAAAUAUGCCUGGGACUUACUACUGCAUUUGUAAAAAAGGAUGGUACCGUAACCAUGGUGAAGAAGACAAAUUUCCCUAUCGAUGUCAUGAUUAUGACGAGUGCGCUUAUAAUAAUGGCGGUUGUAGUCACGGAUGUCAGAAUCUYAAUGGUACCUUCUUAUGUAAAUGUCCAAAGGGUUAUGAACUUGGACUAGAUGGACUUAACUGCAAAGACAAGGAUGAAUGCUUGGUUAGUAAAGGUGGAUGUGAACACUUUUGCCAGAAUUCAGUCGGUAGCUACCAUUGUACUUGCAGAGAUGGAUUCCGGCCAGUACAGACAUACAAAUGUGAAGAUAUUGAUGAAUGUGCGGAAAACAAAGACAAGUGUGACGACUCCACAACUACUUGUAGUAACAACAAGCCCGGAUACCAAUGCUACUGUAAUAAUGGUUAUAGACCAAUCCAAGGCGACAGCUAUAAGUGCAAGCCAUUGACUUGCCCCGCCCUCUCGCAAUCCACUGGUACUAUCAUCUCACCACAAACAUGCAUCCAAAAUGGCGGGCCAAAGCUUAACGAUGUUUGCACGUACAGCUGCUCGAGCGGUUACGAGAAGCCAUCGGGUGCUGGAACAACUCUGAAAUGCGCGGCUUCAGGUUCUUGGACAGGAGAUGCAAAGAGCUGUGUGCGAAAAACUUGCCCAGCUCUUACACCACCUAAUAACGGAAAAGUGUAUCCAGACAGUUGUCAGAYUCAUGGAGGCUCAUUUGAAGGACAGUGUUACUACCGUUGUAAUGAUAACUACAACGCCGUUGGUGACUCUGCAAGAACCUGCCAGGCAGAUGGAACGUGGAGCACUCCUGCAAAACCUUUUAGCUGUCAGAAAAUUCAACCUAAGCCCACGAUUCAAUGUCCAGCGCCUGUAACAGUUAAGCUACAAACAGGACAAAGUACAGCCGACGUUUCUGCUCUUCUCGACAAACCAAAAUCAAACGUGAAGAAAAUCACUGUAUCACCAGCAAAGUACCAAAYGUCAACAGUGUUCCCUGCAGGAUUCACAGUCUUGACUUACACCGCAACGAAUGAUGUAAACGAAGCUGUGUCUUGUAAGACAACAGUGUCAGUUAUGGACGAAGAGAAGCCAAAAGUUACUGGUUGUCCUGCUGAUAUUUUCGCAGCAGUCAUUGGAAGCAGCAAGCAGAUCUUUUGGACUCCACCGAAAUUUACUGAUAACGUGGCCGUUACCAAAGUGACAUCAACUAGGAAGCCUGGCGAUACGUUUUCUAUCGGUUCCUUAAUUGUGUACUAUCGUGCUUCUGAUGCCGCUGGAAAUUCUUUGUCUUGUAGUUUUGAAGUAAGAAUCAAAAUGAAGGAAUGUCCUGUACCAAGAACUCCAGAUAACGGACAGAUUACAGUAAAAAGCUUUGGUGGUACUAAAUUUGCCACUAUUGCAUGCAAUGCUGGUAAAAAAGAAUUUUUUUAUGUCUGGGGUGUGACAUGUGACCCGAACACUGCAACGUGGCAGGAAGUACCGGACUGUGUUGAUUUUAUGGCAGUGCCAUCAUCUGGUGAAUGCAGCGCUGGUUAUGUGAUUCAAAAGAACUCAUUUACGAAGAUAUGUGUCAAGUGCCCGCGAGGAUAUUUCUACGAUAGUGCUCAGAAAGACUGCAAAAAAUGUGCCAUUGGAACAUUCACUGAUGCUGAAGGCAGUAAUUCGUGCACAUCAUGUCCACCCAACAAAGGAACACUAGCUGUUGGCUCAAAAGCUUGCUUACAGAAAUGCAGACCAGGUAGAUAUUCUGCUGACGGCUUUACAUCAUGUAAAGUCUGCAAGGAAGGUUUCUAUGAGGACCGCUAUGGAUCUACAGCYUGCAAAUCUUGCCCAGAUGGAAUGUCCACUCUCUCAGUUGGUUCUGACUCACUAAGCGAUUGUGGAGUAAGGCCAUCAAUCUCCAAAUUUGAGAUCAACCCCAACAAUGUUACUGAAGGAAAACAAGCCGAGAUUGUUUGCAAGGGGACUGGAGUUCCUUUACCAACAUUCCACAUCAAGAAGAUUAAACCAGCACCUGAUGGUUUUGGUGGUCCAGUAAAACAGACAGCCAUCAAAGACAACCUUGGUCGUACGGUUGGGCUAAGUUACGUYAUCAGCAAGACCACUGAACACGACCAUGGUGCUUACAGGUGCCAGCUAGAGAACUCUUUCGGAAAAACCGAGAACUAUAAGCUACUUAAUGUCCACCUAACAGUAAUAAAUGUUGGGAAACGUCGCUAGACAGCUAUGAGCCAGCAUUAAUAGACAGAUCAUGUCGAUGUAAACGAAAAUUGUUUUUCUUAUUAAUGAAUAAAUGAUUUAAUUGGGUCACGUGAUUCACAUAUGUUAUUGCAAAUAAAAAAGGAAAUAAAAAGGAUGAAAUAUUUA